AUGGCCAUGACGACUCCCCUUACAUUGGUGAGCGCAGCAGUUGAUGAGCUCCAGGAGUUGAAGAAGUUCAUCGUGUACAUUUGUCGGCAUGGUGCAGCCGAUUGGGGGCUUCAGUGGGAUAAAGAUGGUUGGUUUGAUUGCAACGACAUCUUGGGGCUGCAGCCCCUUCGCGAUCGGAAAUGGACCGACCACGACCUGCAGGCUGCGGUUCAGAAUGACCAGAAGGGCAGGCUCCAGCUUGAGGAUCUCCCCAGUGGCGCCUCGCGAGUGAGGGCUGCCCAGGGGCAUACCUUGCCAGUGUCGGACGACAGCUACGAGCAGGUGACAUCAUGGGAUGGCGACCUCAUCCACGGGACCUUCGACAACAGCUGGGAAGCGAUCGCCCAACACGGCCUCCACCCGAUGGGCAGGAACCGCGUGCACAUGAUGCCGACCCUCGACGGGGUGCGCCCCGACAGCACCAUCCUCAUCUACAUCGACACUGCCAAGUGGUUCCGAGCAGGUCGCAAAUUCCUCAAGGCAUCCAAUGGCGUCUUCCUCACCAGGACACCGAUCGAGGUGGAGUACUUCUCCUGCGUCUGGCACGUUCGAGAGAAACGGGGCUUGCUCAAAGAUCUGAGCGAGAUCGACAAGCCACAUGUGAUGAUGUGGUCCAGGGUCAGGCAAGUCGAGCUGGGCAUGAGAACCGUGGAGUACCAGAGCUGGUUGCACGCGCCCAAGGAGAUAGAGGAGGCGCAUCGCGGAGUUGUUAUUUUGCCUCCUGGCCCAAAUGACAGGGACCUGAGCAAGAGGCAAUUCCUCAGAGACUUGUCUGCGUGGAUGCGGUCGCUGCACCGUUUCAAGGAACUGCUGGACGCGGCAAUGGACGAUAAAGAUGGAGCGCAGGUGCCCCUGAAGAAGCCGAAGUCCAGCGGCGACGAUUCAGGCUCUGACUAA